AUGCUUUGUUUUAUUUCUUUACCUUCUUCUCACUUGGGUUUUCAAUUUAUCUUUCUUUUUCAUUUAGAUUUUACAUUUAUUUCCUCUUUUUUAUUUACCUUUCUUAUUUACCUUUGCUUUUAUUUUAAUUCUCUUUCCUUACACCCAAUUUUCCCUUCCUUGAUUUACUUUCUCAUUCCUCUUCUUCUCUUCAUUAUUUUUUCCUUCCUUUUCCUCUUUCUUCUAUUUUAUCAUUUUCAUAUUAGCAUUUCUUUCUUUUUUCUUUUCUUUAUAUCUUGUGUUUAUCAUUGUCUUUUCCUUUUCUUCUCCCUUCUUCUUCAUCUCCUUCACCACUUACUCCACUUCUCCCCUUUCCAUUCUCUCAAUUUUUCCUUCCUUAAUUUACUUUCUCAUUCUGUUCUUUCUCAUUCUGUUCUUUUUCAUUCUGUUUUCUUUCAUUCUGUUCUUUUUCAUUCUGUUUUCUUUCAUUCUGUUCUUUUUCAUUCUGUUUUCUUUCAUUCUGUUCUUUUUCAUUCUGUUCUUUUUCAUUCUGUUCUUUUUCAUUCUGUUUUCUUUUUCUUUUUUUCAUUCUGUUCUUUUUCAUUCUGUUCUUUUUCAUUCUGUUCUUUUUCAUUCUGUUCUUUUUCAUUCUGUUCUUUUUCAUUCUGUUCUUUUUCAUUCUGUUCUUUUUCAUUCUGUUCUUUUUCAUUCUGUUCUUUUUCAUUCUGUUCUUUUUCAUUCUGUUUUCUUUCAUUCUGUUUUCUUUCAUUCUGUUUUUUUUCAUUCUGUUUUUUUUUCAUUCUGUUUUUUUCAUUCUGUUUUUUUUCAUUCUGUUUUCUUUCAUUCUGUUUUUUUCAUUCUGUUUUUUUCAUUCUGUUCUUUUUCAUUCUGUUUUCUUUCAUUCUGUUUUCUUUCAUUCUGUUUUCUUUCAUUCUGUUUUCUUUCAUUCUGUUUUCUUUCAUUCUGUUUUCUUUCAUUCUGUUUUCUUUCAUUCUGUUCUCUUUCAUUCUCAACCUAACCUUAUCCUCAUCAUUUUCUUUCUUUUUCUUCUCCUUUUCUCAUCACCUUUUUUUUCCUUUCCACUCUUUCAAUUUUUUCUUCUUUGAUUUAAUUUCUCAUUACUUUAUUUUUCUUUUCUUCUUCACUUUUCAUUUUCUCAUUUCCUUUAUUUCUUCUGUUAAUCUUCAUCAUUUCCUUCUUUCUUUCCUCUUCACCUCUCUCUUUUCUCCCUCCCACUCUCUUCACUUUCUUUCCUCUUCCCUUUCAUCUUUUUCAUUAUAUUUUUACACAGUGGCUUUAUCUUCCAGUCUCUCUCUCUCAUAUCUUCCAGUCUCUCUCUCUCAUAUCUUCCAGUCUCUCUCUCUCAUAUCUUCCAGUCUCUCUCUCUCAUAUCUUCCAGUCUCUCUCUCUCAUAUCUUCCAGUCUCUCUCUCAUAUCUUCCAGUCUCUCUCUCUCAUAUCUUCCAGUCUCUCUCUCUCCUUAUCUUCCAGUCUCUCUCUCUCAUAUCUUCCAGUCUCUCUCUCUCAUAUCUUCCAGUCUCUCUCUCUCAUAUCUUCCAGUCUCUCUCUCUCAUAUCUUCCAGUCUCUCUCUCUCAUAUCUUCCAGUCUCUCUCUCUCAUAUCUUCCAGUCUCUCUCUCUCAUAUCUUCCAGUCUCUCUCUCUCUCUCUUCCAGUCUCUCUCUCUCAUCUUCCAGUCUCUCUCUCUCAUAUCUUCCAGUCUCUCUCUCAUAUCUUCCAGUCUCUCUCUCUCAUAUCUUCCAGUCUCUCUCUCUCUCCAUCUUCCAGUCUCUCUCUCUCAUAUCUUCCAGUCUCUCUCUCUCAUAUCUUCCAGUCUCUCUCUCUCUCUCUUCCAGUCUCUCUCUCUCUCUCUCUUUCCAGUCUCUCUCUCUCUCUUCCAGUCUCUCUCUCUCUCUCUCUUCCUUCCAGUCUCUCUCUCUCUCUCAUAUCUUCCAGUCUCUCUCUCUCUCUCCUUAUCUUCCAGUCUCUCUCUCUCUCUCUCUCUCUAUCUUCCAGUCUCUCUCUCUCUCUCUCUCAUCUUCCAGUCUCUCUCUCUCUCUCUCAUAUCUUCCAGUCUCUCUCUCUCUCUCAUAUCUUCCAGUCUCUCUCUCUCUCUCUCAUAUCUUCCAGUCUCUCUCUCUCUCUCUCUCAUAUCUUCCAGUCUCUCUCUCUCUCUCUCUCAUAUCUUCCAGUCUCUCUCUCUCUCUCUCAUAUCUUCCAGUCUCUCUCUCUCUCUCUCAUAUCUUCCAGUCUCUCUCUCUCUCUCAUAUCUUCCAGUCUCUCUCUCUCUCAUCAUCUUCUUCCUCUCUCUCUCUCUCUCAUAUCUUUCCUCUCUCUCUCUCUCUCAUAUCUUCCAGUCUCUCUCUCUCUCUCUCAUAUCUUCCAGUCUCUCUCUCUCUCAUAUCUUCCACUCUCUCUCUCUCUCAUCUUCUCUCUCUCUCUCAUAUCUUCCAGUCUCUCUCUCUCUUCUUCUCUCUCUCUCUCUCUCAUAUCUUCCACUCUCUCUCUCUCUCUCUUCUUCUCUCUCUCUCUCUCUAUCUUCCUCUCUCUCUCUCUCUCUCUCCAAAUCUCUCUCUCUCUCAUAUCUUCCCUCUCUCUCUCUCUCUAUCUUCCUCUCUCUCUCUCUUUUCUACAUUUUUUAUACCUUUUUUUUUUCAUAUUUUUUCUUUACCUUCUUUCUCCUUCACUUUCUUCCUUUCUGCUUCUCUUAACUUUUUUUCAUUUUUUAUGAACAUUCAAUUCUUCUUGAAUUUUGAUUUCUUUUCUAAUAUUUUUUCUUCUAUCAGUUUAUCUUUUUUUCUAUUUUUUACCUUUGUUUUCUUUUUUCUUACCUUAUUUUUAACUUCUCAAAUUGUUUUUUCUUCAGAAAUCCAGCCCCCACCAGUAGGAGCCACAGCUGGAGCCCAUGUAGAGCCUACCACAUCUCAACCGCCACUACCCCCACCACGACGAAAGCAUAAAAAGGACGACCCGGCUCGUAAAAAGGCCACGCCGCCUGUGAAAGGGUCAGAGGCCGUUCGCAAGGAGGCCGCGGCACAUGCGAAUGCGGCUGUUGCAUCCAAGCACAAGCAGCGUGAACAAGUGAAGCGAGCUAAGUCUGUGCCAGAGUCGGAUAAAAAGGAGCAGAUUCAACGUGUCGCGUCUCUGCCUGUGGAUGAAGAGGAACAGCAGCCAAUUCCUCCAGCCUCUGCUGUAGGACCUGGAAAUGCAAAAGCAGAAGGUCCGCCUCUUCCUCCUCCUCAGCGGAAACAGCCAACGUCAUCUAAAACCCCUGUACCAUCUUCAAAGCGGGAGGAGCGGAAAUCACGAAAAGAGGCGGAGGACAAUGUUGACUCCAGCGUAGUUUUUCCUUGCCAGUCUUCAGCUGGGUCUUCAAGACUUAGAGCGGGUCUUAAACCAGACUGGCAAUGCCCCUCUCUCACAAGCAGAAACCGAAACUGUCUGGUUCCUUCUUCUCUUAAUACCCCAAACUAUCUCAUGCGUUGCUUGUCUGUAUCUAUGGACCUUCACGCAAACCCGUCAUGGGGCACGAAGUGGUUGGGGGCUCCCAGGGAAAUCCCAACAUCUAUGCAGAGCCUUUCAUUGUCUGAUUUCUUUCUUGUUCUUCUUCUUGCUUCUCUUUUGGUUUCUCCUUUCACUUUUACAGUUUUUCAUCAUCUCUCUCUUCUCUUUCAUUUUUGUUUGUUAUUUUUCUUCCUCUUCUCUUUGUAUCCCUUUCAUUCUCUUUUAUUUCAGAUUUUUUUCUUUCCUUUUUUUCUCUUCUCCAUUUUUCUAUUCUCUUUUCUUUCAUGUAUUUUUUCUUCCUUCUGCUUUUUCCUCAUCUUCUGCAUAGUUUGUUACCAUCUUUACUAUUGA